AUGCCUUAUACUUGUAUUUUCCCUGGCUGUCCAAAGAAAGUUGGCGACUUGGGUCAUGGAAGACGAAAGGUAUCCUUCUUUCGUCUACCAAGAGCUGAUGCUUCUGAACUCAAGAAAUGGUGUGAUAUUUUAUCAUUGGAUAUGAAUAAUCUCAGUGCAGCAAACACUGAAAGAGUUUGCAGCGAACAUUUUAAUCCAGAUGAUAUUUUGGUACACAAUAACAAAAAUUCAUUAGUCAUCGGUGCCGUACCUAUUUGGUUUAGUAAAUCUGAAUCACUUAAUGAACUUGAAAAACAAAUGGUUCUACCAUUUGAAUUUUGUUGUUUACAUAUUGAACAACCAGAUCAUUAUACAAAACUUCUUCAUAAUGAUCCAUGUGAAACUGUACCUGAUUUAUCAAUAGCUGUUUAUGAAAGAUGUGUUUGCAUUCAAUUGACAGUAUGUGAAACAGCUCGAUAUGAUACAGAAUUAUUACGAGCUAAUCCACGUUUAGUUACUAAAUAA